CAUGUGACUCGGAGCUCUAAAACUACUUCCAAAUCCCAUUUCAGCACGUGUCCUUUUUUGCAACGUUUGACGCUUCACGUGUCUUCACUCCCAGGCUUCUUUAACGUGCCUGUCAUUUUCAUUUUCCCAUUGUAAGAGAAGAUGUUCUUCGAAAUGAAACACCGUUGUAAUCCCUCUCUCAUUAAGAGAAUGUACAAGACUUUGUUUUCAGGUAGAGUUGAAUUGAAAGCAAAAGCAAGUUCUAGACUCUGUGGUAACCUAAUUUUCUUAGAUUUUUUGGGUAUAAUUAAAAUGUGCAAAUUGGUACAUUUCCUUUAAAUAAGUUGUGUCACCUUCUUUCUGGGGGUUUCAAGUGAUUUUUCUUUGACGAGCUUCCAUCUUUUUUUUUUUUUUUUUUGUUCUUCUUUAUCAUUUACAAGUUCUCUGUUUGUUGUUAAUUUUUGCUUGCUUCAUCAAAAUUUAGGUUCCAUAGUUAGAAAUGGUACCAAAUUUUGCAUCCGUGCAGCUUGUUUUGCCUUGUACACUCUUUUCUUCUUUUUCUUCUCCAAAACCAGCCUCUUUUAUCUUUUCUUCUUUGUUGACAACUCGUUCUAGAAGGAACCCACCUCUAAUUUUUCAAAAUAGAGCGAAGAAUUGGAAUUUUGGGUUGUGUGAUUCUAGAGGAAAUAGCUUGAAGCGAUCUUGCAGUAUCGAGUUUGAUGAAUUUCCUGAAGAGGAGUUGUUUAAAAUGAUUGAAGGUUUGGCAGAGAAGUUUGAUGUUAUUGAUGAUGAAGAAGAAGAAAAUGACAAAGACACAGGCGAUGCGAGAACAGAAAUUUCUUGCAACGCAAGUCAAAAACAGCCUGAAACUGAUCAAAAAGUGAAGAAUUCAACACAAUUUAUGCCUUCACAGUUUGAAUUUCUAGAGCAUAAUUUGCUUGGCAUUCAACCAGAGCAGGAGCACUGGCCGGAGAGAGAAGAAAUUAAUAGAGUGAAUAUUGAACAGAAAGCGAGCUGCUUUGGCAUACCUUUGUCAAUGAAGAUGAUAAAGAGAAAACAAAAAUGGCAACGGGGAUGUGGGGAAGCUGGGGAUUUUGCAUAUUGUUCUGUGAAGAAGGCUUUUUCUUCAUUAGUAUUCAUCAUUAGAGAGCUUCAGAACUAUGCCUUGCAUAUAAGGGAGACCCUUUAUUCUGAAGACUUGAAGGAGAUUAUGAGCAAAGUCCAGAGAGAGAUGAAUAUAUCAUUUGUUUGGCUCUUCCAACAAGUUUUCUCGCGAACCCCCACUUUGAUGGUCUAUGUAAUGAUUCUUCUGGCGAAUUUCACCGUCCAUUCAAUGAGUGAUCACACUGUCGUUGCUGUUAUUUCGCCUUCAAUUGUGUCUUGCGAGACCAUCUCAGAGUCAGAGAUUGAUAAGCAAUUGGAAGACUCAAAUUCUGAUGUGGGCAACAAUGGUGGUGGCAAAAAACUGAGGCCAACUGUCCAAGGAACUGAAGAUGGCGAUUGGCAUAUGCGCAGAUCAUUGCUUUUAUUCGAACAGUCUAGAGUUCUUCCCCAUAAAAAAUCUGAGGUGAAUCAUGAAAUCACGGAACAGGAGGUCAAGUUGUGGAACUCUAUGGUUGAAGAUGCCUCAAGAAUGCAAGAGGAAUCAAGACACCAGGUUCUUGAUUCUGAGACCAAGAAGCUUUUUGUGACACCAAUAACCGUGAAGCUUGAACCAGAAGAUUAUGUGGAUUAUUUCAGAACAGAUCUCCUCUACCAGAUGGGCAUAGCUGAGGAACCCAAUAAUUCACUUCUGCUAGCAAAUUAUGCUCAGCUGCUUCAUCUUGUCGCUGGAGACUACAAUAGGUCGAACAGGGCAGAAGAGUGCUACAAGAGAGCAGUGCAGAUAGAACCGCCCGAUGCCGAGGCAUUGAGUAGAUUUGCCGACUUUCUCUGGACAAUAAGGAAGGACCUCUGGGGCGCUGAAGAGAGAUAUUUACAAGCAAUGUCAGCUGAUCCAGGCAACCCUUAUCAUGCUUCCAAAUACGCCACUUUUCUAUGGAGCACUGGCGGCGAAGAUACUUGUUUUCCACUCGGCAAUUCACAAUGAGAAAAGUCUUGUAAUUCCAGAAAUAUGAUGCAUUCUUCAGAAAAUUGCUACCAUGUCAGUAUCUUAAUCACUGGGAAAAAGAUUUCCUGGUUUUUUUGUUUGAUUGAUUUGUUUACUGGGUUAGCUUAUUCAGCUAUGUAAAAGCUAUUCUUAAGUCAAUUGUAUGUGUACACAAAUAAAAAUCACAGAUAACCCUUUUGAAGGUACCUAUCCAAAAAGAAAUAGAAGUCUAGUAUCUACAUUAUUCU